AGCCGGGGAGUAGUCUGCGCGCUGGAGAACCGACAACCCGGGCUCAGCUGCUUUCUCCCGGAACAAUUAUGUCCGUCUCGCCGUCGUCGCUUUCUCUAAGGUAUCCGUUUCCCGGUCGCUGAAUGGCGCUGGUUACCGUGCAGCGUUCACCGACCCCAAGCACCAGCUCCAGCCCCUGUGUGUCGGAGUCCGGUAGCGGGGAGGAUGACCGCCGCUCACAGCCAAGGAGUAUCAGUGAGAGUUUCUUGACAGUUAAAGGAGCGGCCCUCUUCCUGCCGCGUGGAAGUGGUUCCUGUCUUUCCUCUGCCUCUCGCUUCUCACAACUGCGCAGCAAACAUGCAGGAGACCUCCAGCAGCAUCUGCAAACCAUGUUCACUCUGCUCAGACCAGAGGACAACAUCAAACUGGCUGUCCGUUUGGAGAGCGCUAGCCAGCAGGUGACCCGCUACAUGGUGGUGGUUUCCACCAAUGGCAGGCAGGACACAGAGGAGAGUGUGGUACUGGGGAUGGAUUUCAGCCCCAUUGACAGCUCGUGUUCUGUCGGGCUGGUUCUGCCCUUAUGGAGUGACACAAUGAUACAUCUGGAUGGAGAUGGGGGAUUCAGCGUGUCGACUGAUAACCGAGUCCACGUGUUCAAGCCCGUGUCUGUGCAGGCCAUGUGGUCGGCCCUCCAGUCCCUUCAUAAAGCAUGCGAAGUGGCCCGUGGCCAUAACUACUUCCCGGGCAGCCUGUUCCUCACCUGGGUCAGCUACUACCAGAGCAGGAUCUCCUCCGACCAGACGCGCAUCAACGAGUGGAACGCCAUGCAGGACGUCCAGUCACACCGCGCAGACUCGCCCGUCCUCUUCUCUGAUGUGCCCACUGAGAGGGAACGGACAGAGCGGCUCAUCAAGACCAGUCUGAGGGAGAUCAUGAUGCAGAAGGACCUUGAAAAUGUUACUUGCAAAGAGAUCCGGACGGAGCUGGAGAUGCACAUGACGUGUAACCUGCGGGAAUUCAAGGAAUUCAUCGACAAUGAGAUGAUUGUGAUCCUGGGACAGAUGGAUAGUCCAACAGAGAUCUUUGACCAUGUCUACCUGGGAUCUGAGUGGAAUGCAUCCAAUCUGGAGGAGCUGCAGAACAGCGGGGUUCAGUACAUCCUGAAUGUAACAAGGGAGAUAGAUAAUUUCUUCCCUGGUCUGUUUGAGUACCACAACAUCCGUGUUUAUGACGAGGAGGCCACUGACCUACUGGCCUACUGGAAUGACACCUACAAGUUUAUAUCCCGAGCCAAGAAAGCCGGGGCCAGGUGUUUGGUGCACUGUAAGAUGGGCGUGAGUCGCUCUGCGUCCACAGUAAUUGCCUAUGCGAUGAAGGAAUAUGGCUGGGAUCUGGAGCGAGCCUUCAAUUAUGUCAAGGAACGUCGCGCCGUUACCAAGCCCAACCCAUCUUUUAUGAGACAGCUGGAGGAGUAUCAAGGCAUACUGCUGGCCAGUAAGCAGAGGCACAACAAGCUCUGGCGUUCUCACUCGGACAGCAACCUGUCAGAGCACCAUGCACCGCUGUCCAAACCCUCCGCCCAGCCGCAGAGCCUGGGCCGCUCUGACCCUCAUAACCAGGCUAGCAACACAACUGCCCCCUCUCUUGCAGAGCUGCUGCAACCACUGGGAGCCUCCUCUUGCACUAGCCGGAUAGCACUGUCCACUAGCUUGCCCGAUAGUGAAAUCCAAUCUGAACGACUCACCUCUUCGUCGAGUGGUGGGGUUUCAGCUCUGUCAGGUGUCUCUGAAGGCCCUAAUCAUACUGCUGUAGCCCAGCUUCAGAUGUCUGCCUCUUGUCCUGACCCGCUGGCUGGGUCAUUGUCUCCGCCAUCCCCUCCUCUCUCAAAUGGCCUAUGUGACUCUGAGGAAGACCGGUCCUCUCCUCCACUCCCCCAGCCAAGAGCUGCCACUGUGGUGCCUGAGGCCUGGAAGACCGACAUCUCCACAGUGAGCAUAGUGGAGAGUGUUUUGGUGGGUCGACCUCAUCCACCUCCAUCCAUACACCACCUCCCUAUCUCUCCUACACUGUCUCCUAUUCCAGCCUGCAUAGAUGAGUCUGUCAGGCCACCGGAGUCCUGCUCUUUGGGUGUUGUAAAAACUAGCCACCAGCCACAGAUGCCCCCAUCAGUGCCUGAGUCCUUAACGACCCCAAAACCAUGCACACAAAGGGCCGGGCCCCAAGGUCUGUCUGUGCCAGUGCCUGAUGAGAAACUAGACUGUGACCAACAGUCAUCUCUGCUGUCUUUUGACAAUUUGACAGCACCUCCACCUUUCACUAGUGAUGAUAUCAGCCACCCCAGUGCCACUCCCCAAGACCUCGAGGUGUCGUUUACCCGCAGCACAGACCACAUCAACUUUUUCAGUGCCAGGGAGAAGUUUCAGGGCCUCGCCCAAGAUGGUAAGAGUCACAGCAUUGCCAUGCCAGCAGCACAGCAAUCGUCCCAGCUCAAGGGUCAGGGCAAGGACCACCAACCAUUGUCUGAGGAGGAUUCCAUCGCUGAAGCACGAAAGGAAGAAGAGAGGAGAAAGGAGAUUUUAGUCCCUGUGCCGGUCACAGAACUAAAAUCUGUAUUGCAGACCACAGACCCUCCUCCUGGCCCCCUUACCCAACCAGGGCCUUGGGACUCCCAGGACAAGGAAUUGAGGAGGUCAAAGCAGGAAGUGGAAGAGAGAGAAGUUUUAUUACAGGCUGAAGCUAUAAAGGAGGGAGUAAAGAACAAAGAGGAGGAAGAAACCCCCAAGGAAGAAACCCCCACUCCUCUGUCCAGUGACUGGACAAGGGGCUCUGUACGACGUGUCAAAAGGCAACUUGAACAACGAAUGAAAAACGAGCAGGAGUCCCCCUCCUCCUCUCCCCCCUCCCUUUCCGUCAGUUCCUCGGGCUCACCGCAGCUCUCCCAGUCUCUCCAGCACUCCAGAGAACACUCUCCGGUAUCUCAGCCCACUCCACCCACUGUUUCUAAUGUCCAGGAUGCACUCCUUCUUUCGCAGGGGUUGGGUGCCAGCACUGUGCAGGAAGAGGAGGAUCACAGGAAGUGUUGUCCAGUGGAAGAGAGGGCGACAGGAUUUGAAGUCAGAGGUACAUCAACGCACAAAUAUCAACCUGCUGGUGGCAGAUCUCUCUCUACCUUCUCCCCUAACCGCUCUCAAUCCUUCCAUCCCUCUAUCCACCCCUUCCUUGCUCCUCUCUCCUCCGUUGACUUCCUGUGUUUGGAGGGUGUGACGGAGCAUGAGUCAGGCACGGACUGGGAUUACCCCACAGAGGGGCCCCAAGGUGACAACAUUUUGAGGGAGACCUGGGAGACCUUGUGUGAACUUGGGGCUUUCCUUCAGCAGGUGAGCUCACGUGGUGUCACAAACUACAGGUGUGCGGAACAGGUUUGGGGCCAAUGUCCCAGCAUCAUGCAGAAGAGGGACCGUGGUCUCCAACAGAGGGUCCGAGAGGUUGAGGCCAGGAUUCGCCAGGCGGGACUGACUCCCCCCUCCCUGAUGAAGCGCUCGGCCUCGCUGGCCAAGCUGGGCUGCCUUGAGCUGCUGGCCAAUGACCUGAGCGAGUGGGAGCUGAGCCGCACCUCUCCGGCGUCCCCAACAGCGGAGCCUGUGUCCCACACAGCCACGGACGAGUCCAAGAAGCAACGUGUCCACAGCUCUCCUUCCUCACAAAGCCAGCCUGAAGGCCUCGGAGCUGCAGCAGAGGGGCUCUGCGAUGCUGAGAAAACCCCAACGGGACUCUCUCCAUUGACACAGAGCCAACCAAGCGGGAGACACCCAGACACUGGCCAAACCCCUCUACAGUCACCAGUGCUGAUGUCUAUGGCAACAAGGCAGCAGUAUGGUAGGACACACCCACUGAGGAGGCUGAAGAAAAGGACAGUCAGUACCCUUUACCACACCAUGUAACCCUCACUAUGUAUGUAUGUAUCUAUAUGUGUGUGUCUGUGCUGACAGAUGGAAAAUGAGUGCAUAUGAAUUAUCACAACACGUUCUGGAAAAGCAAACCUUUGCUGACUAUUUUAAAGGGCUGGGUUCAGGGUUCUUUGGACCUGUGCAUUACUUUUUACAGACCUGCCACGAAUGUACUUCCAGGCAACCAUAGGACAUGAUUAUCUGCUCAAGAAGUCCUUCAAACACCAGCCAAACAAUCGUCCAACUGUGAUGAGUAGUUUGUUUCUGUAUCUUGAAAUGCACGAGCUUAAA